AUGCCCGCUCCUCCUCCUCCACCCCCACCACCUCCACCAUCAGGAGUUGGUGGUAAAAUAUCGGUUACACCACCUGGUGGAGUUGACAGAAAGGCUCUGCUAAGUCAGAUUCAUGCAGGCACUAAAUUGCGGAAGACAGUUACAAAUGAUAGGUCAGCGCCUCAGAUUACGGGGAAAGCAAACAGUACUGAGGUUCUUUUCACGUUUAAAGGUGGAUUUAAAUCGACUGGUCCUGGCGUUCGUGGCGGUGGUUCCGGUCCUAAAGGUAUGGCAGUUGGGGGAUUAUUUCCCAACGGUCGACCACCAAUGAGACCUUCUGAAAACAAGAAAAAUUUGCUUUUGCUGAAUACUAACAGUUAUACAAUGAAAGCCGAUAAAGGUAGUCCAAAACCUCCUUUACCUGUUAUAAAACCGGCGCACUCUCGUUCAGACUCAAGUUUUCCUCCACCUCCUCCACCAAAUACUUACGUCAGGCAAGCAACUGAAUCUGCUCCACCUCCACCACCACCCCCACCUCCACCACCACCGCCUCCACCCCCACCCCCUCCACCAAGUUCUGCACCUCCUACAUUACCUUCUCCGUCAUUAAAGCCUCAUAUGUUUCCGAAUAGAGGUGAUGCGCCUAAUAAACAGAAGCCAGUUCCAUCCAUUUUUGCUAAUUCAUCCGUAUCUGUAAAUUCUGUUGCUGCACGAGCCGAAAUGCUAAGCCAGGCCCCUUCCUCUCUGAAAGGAAACCAGGUGUUACCUACAGGACCAGCGCAGAGGAAGCCAUCCACACUUCAGUUCCAAACAAUGCGUCCUACAAGGGGUGCUGCAAUACCGCAGGUACAGAGAAGAGACUUCAAGGAAUGGGAGCUAUCAAAAACUCCAGCCAGUAGACCCGUUGCUCCACCACUUCCAUCAGCCCCGCCAAGUGUAUCGCGCCUUACUAAACCGGCCGGUCCCCCGCCGCCUCCGCCACCGCAGGGUUCACGUCUGCUCGUUCAACCUAGUUCUCCCUAUAUGUUUAGUGGGCAACAACGCAAACGGGACGAGUCGCCUCCUGUACCGCCUACUCGUAGUUCGUCUUAUGGUUCUAACAUCAUGUCUCGUUUCCAGUUCAUCCCGAUAUCUGAGUUGCCGCCACCAGUGGCAUUUACGAGAACGAGGAAAAUUUACGAGUUCAAUCCUAGUAAAAGUAAAAAACGACCUCCGCAAACUUCUUUAACUAGUUGA